AUGAUCCUGGGCUGGCCGGCGGAGAUGCCAUGGGGUGGGGGGGCGCUGCUCGGUAUGUACAUGUGGCAAGCCAACCAGCCAACCCAUUUCGCCAUUGUUCCCAGAGCCACAGUCUCACCGACCCUGUUCCAUGGAGCAAAUGGAUACCUUCCAUUAGCCCGUCCCGUACCGGCAGCGCCGUUUCGUUUCCAGAUUUCCACGACUGGGGCCCGACCAAACGUCUCGACGCUCGGUUCUCGAACCAACAUGGAAAAAAAAAAAAAAAAAAAGAAAAAAGAAAAGGCCGUCCUCGUCUGGCUUUGUCAUGAUCCCCUGGACCCGGGACAACCUGUCCGGUAUGUGACUCUGCGUAGAUACAUGCGCUCCGUCUGCCGGCAAGGCCAAGAGGGGCAAAGGCUUCAGCGCCAAGUAUCCUCGGCAAUUUGUCAGGAUGAGAAGGCACCGCGUCUCUCUCCGAGUCCCGGGUCGGAGGAUGCCGCCGACCGCGUGCUCCGGCCAAGCAUGCCCGCUGCCCGCUGCCCGCUGCCCGCUGGCCAGGCUUGGCUAGUCGAGCGAAACACGAGCGCGCUGGGCGGCUUGGCAGUGUCAUGA